AUGUCUGACCGCGAGUUCAACUCCAACGACGACUUGUCGCUCCCCAAAGCGACGGUCCAGAAGAUCAUUACCGAAAUCCUCCCUCCUUCCUCCGGCCAGACCUUCUCCAAGGAUGCCCGCGAUCUGCUGAUGGAAUGUUGCGUCGAGUUCAUCACCUUGAUCUCUUCCGAGGCCAACGAGAUCAGCGAGAAGGAAGCUAAGAAGACGAUCGCGUGCGAGCACGUUGAGAAGGCGCUCACGGAGUUGGGAUUUGCCGAGUACGUUCCCGAAAUCCAGGCUGUCGCCGAGGAGCACCGCGAGCAACUCAAGGUAAGUGAAUUUAUCUCUGCUUCCGACCAAGCCGGGCUGGAAGAAUUGCUCGAAGAGGAGGGUGCUGACCCAAGCUUCUUGUUUCAGUCUCGCGAGAAGAAACAGAGCAAGAUGGAGCAGAGUGGCCUGUCCGAGGAGGAACUGCUGCGCCAGCAGCAGGAGCUGUUCCGUUCCGCCACUGAGAAGUACAAUCAGGGACCGGAGUAG